AUGAUUGAGCAAGGGAGAGGGAAGCUGAGUGAGUCAGGGUGCUGGGGCCAGGUCCUGGGGGAGUAUGUCAGCCUAGAAGGCUUUGCACAGCCCGUGGCCGUUUUCCUGGGAGUCCCCUUUGCCAAGCCGCCGCUCGGACCCCUGAGGUUUGCUCCUCCGCAGCCUGCAGAGCCAUGGACCUUCGUGAAGAAUGCCACCUCCUACCCUCCUAUAUUUCUGCAGCAAAUCGCUACCUUUGCCGGCUGUCAAACCACCACCUCGGCGGUCAUGGUGCACUGCCUGCGCCAGAAGUCGGAGGAGGAGCUCCUGGAGACAUCGCUGAAGAUGAAUUUUUUGCGUCUUGAUUUACAUGGAGACCCCCGAGAGGGCCAGCCCGUAAUGUGUUCUGUGGUUGAUGGAGUGCUGCUGCCGAAGAUGCCGGAGGAGCUUCUGGCUGAAAAGCAGCUCAACUCCGUUCCCUGCAUCGUCGGAAUCAACCAGCAAGAGUUCGGAUGGAUGAUUCCAAUGAUGAUGGGUUACCCGAUCUCUGAAGGCAAGCUGGACGAGAAGACGGCCUCGUCACUCUUAUGGCAGUCCUACCCCAACAUCCCUGAGGCACUGAUCCCAGCGGUCAUUGAGAAGUAUUUAGGAGGGACAGACGACCCUGUCAAAAAGAAAGACCGGUUUUUGGAGUUGCUGGGAGAUGUGGUAUUUGGUGUCCCAGCUGUGACUGUGGCGCGUGGCCACAGAGGUGAGUCCCAGAGAUUGGACAGGAAAGGACACCAAAUGAUGGGUUACCCGAUCUCUGAAGGCAAGCUGGACGAGAAGACGGCCUCGUCACUCUUAUGGCAGUCCUACCCCGUCACUAACAUCCCUGAGGCACUGAUCCCAGCGGUCAUUGAGAAGUAUUUAGGAGGGACAGACGACCCUGUCAAAAAGAAAGACCGGUUUUUGGAGUUGCUGGGAGAUGUGGUAUUUGGUGUCCCAGCUGUGACUGUGGCGCGUGGCCACAGAGACCCCAACGGGGAGGGGCUGCCCCAUUGGCCCGUGUAUGACCAGAAGGAAGGGUACCUGCAGAUUGGGGUCCCCACCCAGGCAGCCCAGAAGCUGAAACAUGAGGAAGUGGCGUUCUUCACCGAGCUCCUUGCCCAGGACACAGCCAGGAUGUCACCCCAAACAGAGCAUAUUGAGCUGUGAAGGGGAGGCCCAUCCAGCCUCCACGAUCUGGGGGAGCUUAGAGGUAAUUCUACAGAAGGUGUUUAUGGCCAAAAAGGUACCUUAGUGUCUGGUGGGAGUGGACAGAGACCACGGAAGGGGGAGCAUCUACACCUGUAGCCUUAAUUUUC